CCCGGUGUAACCCAUAAUCCUCACCUCUAGCAAUCGACCUAUCAUGGCACAGAACGGGAUUAUAGAGAACGGGCAACCAGAAGGGGGGAUUCCUGCUGUUCCUCAACCUUUUAAAGUUUCGGAAGUGAGAUACACCAAGAUAUUUAUCAACAACGAAUGGCACACCUCUGUCAGCGGAAAGAAGUUUGCGACAUACAAUCCUGCAACAGGUUCAAAAAUCUGCGAUGUGGAGGAAGCCGAUAAAGCGGACGUGGACAAGGCGGUAGAGGCCGCGAAAGCAGCCUUUCGGAGGGACUCUCCGUGGAGGAAGAUGGAUGUAUCCAGUCGAGGGCGACUCUUGAACAAGCUUGCCGAUCUGGUGGAGAGAGACUGGGCCCUGUUGGCUACUAUGGAGUCGAUGGACACAGGAAAGCCCUUCCUUCAUUCAUUCUUCAUUGAUCUGGAUGGCAGUAUCAAGACUCUGAGAUACUACGCCGGCUGGGCAGACAAGAUACAUGGCAAGACGAUGCCGGUUGAUGAAAAUUUUAUGUGCUUCACCAAACAUGAGCCCAUUGGUGUAUGUGGAGCAAUCAUUCCAUGGAACUUCCCCUUGCUGAUGUUUAUGUGGAAGAUUGCCCCUGCCUUGUGCUGUGGCAACACUGUGGUCAUCAAGCCAGCUGAGCAGACACCACUGACAGCUCUCCACAUGGGGGCGCUGGUGAAGGAGGCUGGCUUCCCCCCUGGAGUAGUGAACAUCUUGCCUGGGUUUGGGCCCACGGCCGGCGCAGCCAUAUCCAGUCAUAUGGACAUCGACAAGGUGGCAUUCACUGGAUCCACAGAUGUUGGGAAGUUAAUCAAAGAAGCUGCUGCCAGAAGUAACCUGAAAAGGGUCACUCUGGAGCUGGGAGGGAAAAACCCCUGCAUUGUCUUUGCUGAUGCUGAUUUGCAGCUGGCUGUGGAAGAGGUCCAGCAGGGGGCCUUCUUCAACCAGGGCCAGUGCUGCACGGCCGCCUCACGCGUCUUCGUGGAGGAGCAAGUGUACGAGGAGUUUGUGCGGCGCAGCAUCGAAAACGCCAAGAAAGUGGUCGCUGGCGACCCUCUGGACCCACGGACGUCACACGGACCACAGGUUGACCAGAAGCAGUUUGACAAGAUCAUGGAGCUGAUAGAGAGUGGGAAGUGUGAGGGUGCCAAGCUGGAGCACGGAGGCUUUGCCAUCAAGGACGGGGGUCUCUACAUCCAGCCCACUGUGUUCUCUGGAGUCAGAGACCACAUGCGCAUCGCCAAGGAGGAGAUCUUUGGCCCGGUGCAGUGCAUAUUCAAGUUUAAAAGCCAGGAGGAGGUGAUCAAGAGGGCGAACAGCACGGAGUACGGCCUGGCGGCGGCCGUGUUCACCCGCAGCAUGGACCGUGCACUCAGCAUGUCCUCCGCCCUGCAGUCUGGCACCGUCUGGGUGAACUGCUACAACGCCCUUCACGCCCAGUCUCCUUUUGGGGGCUACAAGAUGUCAGGAAAUGGAAGAGAGCUUGGUGAAUAUGCCCUGGCAGAAUAUUCCGAGGUGAAAUCGGUGACCAUCAAACUCACAGAGAAACUCUGAAUGAGGCAGAGGCACUGACUCUGAUGGAGCACGCGUUGCCAUGGGAACACUUGCUUGCAAAUAGCUGCCCCACCAGCAACUUUCGCCUGUGAAUAUUCAACUUUUGGGGAUUCACUCAGUGAUGUGCCACAUGCCCGAGAGUUCUGUCUCCAGAGUAAAGAUUUUCACAUCAACCUAAACUUUUCGUUUUUUCAUUUAUUUAUAUAGGCAUUCUACACACAGAGCAAGUUAUUAUUUAAUAGGAAUGCUGUCAUCUCUAAGGUAGAGCAUCUUUCUCCUCUUUCAAAGAUCAGAAAGGUACUGUAUGCCACAACUCCCACAGAGGUAACAUUUAUCUCUAAUUUCAAUGUGCAUCACUGUUCAGCAGUUCUUAAGGGACUCUAUUCUUACAUAAGAGCCUACUUUACAUUGUAUUGUAUUUUCCUCCGUUACUUCA